GCGGUUUCCAAAAGCCGAGCCUCGGCUUCAAGUUUUUUCAUGCACAAAACCACAUUUUAAGAGCAGCUCUCCUCAGGCACCGAAUCAUAACCCAGGUCUGUAUGGUUAUUACUAAUGUUUGUUUGUUUUUUUAAACCCUUUUCUAAUGAUGCCUUUUGCUUGGACGGUGAAUCGUUGGAUCAUUUCAAAAUAUGGAGAGAAACGCGAAGUUGAGGCUUUGAGCGCGAUUCCAGUUUUAUGACAUGUUCAAUUAAUUUGGCAUAAAUUCACGUUUUAAUUUAGAGCUGAAAAAUGAAAGGGAAAUCUGUCAGUCUCCUGAAUGCGUUUUUAUUAUUGUUUUUCUUGCGGUUGAUUCUUGACGUUUACUGAAACGCAAUAAAAUCGCAGACUGCGCAGAGUGGGAGGGGAUGAAUCAUUUGGUGCUUUUUCACAUUUAAGAGGCUUGAAAGCUGAAUUUAAGGAUGACGAAAAGAUUUGAAGAUGGACAUAAAUUACAACGGACAUAAUUGUUUAGCAGGGAAAGCAAAUUAUUCGGAACGUGGAAAUUCGCGCCAUUUAAAAAUAAUGAUCGUAUCCAUACUAGCGUGUUUAUGUGCAUUUUAUUGCAUUAGAUAAGUUUUAUUUCAUUUUCUGAACCGAACGGUUUGUUUUUCUAAGGGGGAGGUGGCAGGGGAGACCCUCCAUCCCGUUAGACAGUCACGUGAUGAAAGUAAAUCGAGCAAGAACAAGUUUCAGCAAAUCCCCCCCCCCCCAUGGCUGAAAGAGGAAAUAAAGUUGUGGAGAUUCAUAUGGGCAAAUAUGGCUCCGACUCAGGGCGUUAUUCAAUCAGAGGGCGGCACAAGCGCCAGAAAAAACCCCACAAAAAACCCCAUUGUGCUCCAGCAUUGUUUCCUCCCAGGUGUAAGAACUGUAAAAAAAAAAAAAUAAAUACAUAAAAUGAAUAAAAACACUAUAGGCUUAAAUUACCACCGGGUUUAGAAUAGACAGUAAUUAUUACCUUUAUUGUGCCUCAGAGGAGAAAUUCAGGUGCAACAGCAGCAUCAGAUAAACAGAUUCACACAACAACGUUCCAAAAGAGUAAAAACCAACCAAACAAAAAAAAAACAUACAAACAAAGGUAAAAAUAAGAGUAAUAAAAUAAUAUAUUGUACAAAACUAUUACUUAAAAUUCUGUCCAAUUAUAUCACGAUCCAAAGGAUGUGAGUACGAUGACUUUUUUUCAAAUGUACAUAAUGUGCAACUGUAUGAAACAUUAAAAAAGAAAUCUGGUUAUUUAACAAUAUCAGUGCAGAGAAACAGAGGUGCAAUAACAGCAGAGAUGUUUUCUAAAAAAUUAAAUCAGUAAAAACAGAUUAAACAGAAUUUUAUUGUUUCACAAUUUCACUGGACAUGUUCAACAAAUGAAGUGGUCGUGCUGACAUGGAGUCUCUGAAGUUUGUUAUUAACAAAAUAUCGUAUUUAUGAAAACGCAUUAAAAAAAAUAAUCAUGUAGAGUUUUUCCAGUUUGUUUUGGAUGGGAUGGAAACGCAGGACAGGCUGUUCAAAACGCCGCGCUGCUUUAUUCCGUUUGUGCGGAAAACAAUAAUGACCUGGCGCAGAACUGAGCGCCAUUUACCCAAGAAGGGCGCAGACUUUGAUAUUCUGUUUUGAAUAUUUGAUUUGGUGCUCCAUGUCCUGUCCCCAUCUUGGCACCUUCACUUGCACAAGUUGGUGCCGUCCUCCUAUCGGCCCCAGCCAGCGGGGCCCUGCAGCGGCAGCUGCUCUAAUCGGUGCGGUUCGACUUCCUGUCCUUCGUUUUGCUGGUGAAGUCGAUCACCGUAAAAGCGAUCAGAUUGACGGGAUGCAAGAAAGAGAUCCUGCUUUCUUUCUCUCUUUCUUUAUAUCGUUAUUUAUUUAUUUUUUCUAAUUUUCUUAUUUAUUCUGAUUUAAUCCGUGUUGAUCCGCAUAAAAGCAGAACGUUUCUUCUUCCAGCAUCACCUCCAGCCCCGCGCCUGACAGUCUGGCUCACCACUGAUUUGCUAAUCUGUGCGUCAUGAUCUGUGUCCGGCGCAAACAGCCGCAGUGCCACAUGAAACUGCGUCAUAUAACAGACAGCUGAUCAGCAGAGCGGCACUAUGGCGCUCUUCACACUCCGAUAAGGUUUCUCAAGUCGCCUCGCACACUCUGUGUAAUUUACAUGAGUUAUCAUGGAGGAAAAUUUUGAUUUUUGAUUUUUUUCCCCCACCUCUUUAUGUUCUAAUUGAAGCUCCACACCGCGGGCUGCGCCUCCGCGUUUCCUCUGGCCCCUGCCUCCACCUCUGCCCUGCUUCUCUGAUUGAGUAAGUGAGAGGCUGCAGCGUCAUCGCUCCUCCGGCUCUGAUGGACUGAUCCAUGAGGACGCGGCGGCAACUCGGAUGAACCUGGAAAAAAAAAAAAAGAAAGCAAAAACAAGUCCUAACUUUUAAAUCUAGUCAUCAUCUUCUACUCAUUCGGGACUGUUUGCCGUCACGAAAGCGGGACGGAGGUGAAACGCUCAGUUAAAAACUCUGAGUUGAGUGGAAAAACAAGCGGAAGAGACGCGGGGCCCCCCCGCUGCGGCUCUCUGCUGUCUACCUGCCGCCGCUCAGCGGGCGGUCAGCCUCGGUGACACCUGUCCGAGCCGACACCUGGCGGACGGCGUGGACGCCUGCGCGCAUGCUCCGUUGUCAUGUGAAAGUCUCUUAAAACGCUCGGGAUGUCAGCGGCUCAGAUCAAAUCUGUAAACAGGACGCCAGCCGCCAGGUCUCCUCCUUCUGCUCAGCAGCUGGAUCCCCGUCAUUAACCUUCGCUCUCGCUUCUUCCUCCCCAUCAUCCCCUGCACACACACACAACGCGCGCGCACACACCACACAACACACACAUACACUAAAGAUGCCUCGUUCCUUCCUGGUGAAGAAUAAGAAGGCGCACAGCUACCACCGACCGCGGACUUUGGAGGAUGAUUACAGCAGGCUGGACACGAUACUGGCUCACAUCUGUUCAGAUACCGAUAAGCUCCCGGAGGAGGACGCCGACCUUUCGGCGGACAGCUACGGCCUCUCUCCGGCCUCCCACCCGGGCGAAGCUGCGGACUUCUCCCCCAGGUCUCCGCUGAGCUGCGCCGACAGUUUGUGCGCUCGCUCCGCGGACUAUGAGGACUUCUGGCGGCCUCCGUCCCCAUCCGCGUCGCCUGUUGACUCCGAAAAAUCGCUUUCUCCCCUGGUGGGUGAAACCCAGCCCUUCACCGUCCCUUUCCGGCCGUACGCCUGGAGCAGCUACCCGGGGCCGGAGCUGGAGGUGCGGCGGCCCGUGGCGCAGCGGAGCCUCCAUCCCGGCCUAGAGGUGGACGCCAGCCCGGCGGUGAUGGCGCUUUACGCGGACCGGAGCUGCCACCCGGCCGUGUUUGCAGAGCGGGCCCUGGCGGAGGAGCCUUACGGGGACUACCGGAGGCAGGCUGCCGCGCUGCUGUUCCCUGAAGUCGGCCUGCACGGGAAGGCGGCCGAUGGGAAGGCCCGGCCCGACCUGCUCUGCUCCAGCCUCAUUCUGAACAGCGCGUACAAGUGCGUCAAGUGCGGGAAGGUGUUCUCCACCCCGCACGGCCUGGAGGUCCACGUCCGCAGAUCGCACAGCGGCACGAGGCCUUUUGCGUGCGACAUUUGCGGCAAAACGUUCGGCCACGCCGUGAGCCUGGAGCAGCACAAAGCGGUGCACUCUCAGGAGAGAAGCUUCGACUGCAAAAUUUGCGGCAAAAGCUUCAAGCGCUCCUCCACGCUAUCCACGCAUCUGCUCAUCCACUCGGACACGCGGCCCUACCCGUGUCAGUACUGCGGGAAGAGGUUCCACCAGAAGUCCGACAUGAAGAAACACACAUUCAUCCACACGGGCGAGAAGCCGCACAAAUGCCAGGUUUGCGGGAAAGCGUUCAGCCAGAGCUCCAACCUGAUCACGCACAGCAGGAAACACACCGGAUACAAACCGUUCGGCUGCGACCUGUGCGGGAAAGGCUUCCAGAGGAAGGUGGACCUGCGGAGGCACAAAGAGACACAGCACGGACUGAAGUGAGACAGAAGACCGAGCUGCGGUCCGGCCUUCACUCCGGGAGGGAAGGAGACAGAGCUGGAGCCACCGGAGGAGGAAAACAACUGUUUUUGUUUUUUUUUUUCCUUUUCUCAACACAUACUUUCUUCCAUUUUUAAUGAACUGAAAAUUCAAGACAAUUUGGAUCCCAUCGACUUGUUUUUUAUUUUUUUUAUUAUAUCUUAUAAUUUGUAUUAUUUAUAGGUGCGGUGGAAAAAAAAAACAGGAGCAACACUAAUGACAGCAUCCUUCCUCCUUUUCUUUUUAGAUCCCCCUCUGCUCCACCCCUUCAUCUCCUCCCAUUUCAUUUCUUUUUUAAAGCCAGAGAUAAGCUGUGAGCUGUGGAGGAAAAAUGAGAGAGACAAAUGGCAGAUGUGUUCAGAUAAAGCAUGAUUUAAAUAACUCUGUUAAACGGACAAUAAACGCACCUGAUAAAGAUCUGCUCUUUCUGCAAAGACUGGAGGUGUUGUUGUUUUCAUCUGGCAGAGAUGAGGGCAAAACAGACACUCUCUCUCUUUCUUUCUCUCUUUUUCUGUUUCUCUCUCUCUGCCAGCUGCAGGGAUCGGCUCUGUUGUUCUGUCAGAAGAAACGAUGAUUUUACUGUUAAAAUAAACACAGGUGAAAUUCUA